UUAUCCAGUCCGUCUGCGCGACGGACGACUCGGCUUUAGUUUACGAAAGGUAGAUGGCACGAGGUCCCACGAGUAGAAAUUCUCAAGUUCCUUUCGUGAGAACUCGGCUACUUUGUUCACAGGGCUCUGAUAGACACCAUCAGCCACUUCUACUUUGGAGCUCUUCGGCAAGAAGAGCACUUCUAUCUUCUCAGGUGUCUUCUUCUCAAUUGACACCCAAUAACGAAGCCCUUUGCUUGGCAGGUAAUACAGAUGAAGAAUUUGACCCUCUUUGAUGUCAGGCCAGGCAGGCACACUGUCUUGCUUGUGGCCCGUCACUGUCCGAGGCAAUGGGAUUGAGUCAGGCACCCAAUCCAUAUGGUCCUUCGGCUGCACACCAGCUCUCAUCACUUUCUCAUACUUCUUCGACGCCCUGUUGGCAUCAACAGUACGCUUCUUCAUCAUGAACUCAUUGACCAAGUGUGGACAAUCGAGUUGUUCCUCUGGAAUCCAUUCUGCUUGGCUUUCAGGCAACAGAUUCCACUUGACGAGGAAAUCGAACUUAGCGGUGGGCUCCUUUCCGCGCUUUCGCACAUCAAGUAUGUACUGCACCUCCCAAGGUUCGGAUUCCUCAUCCUCAGCUACGAUGUUUGUUCGUGGCUUAGGCUUGUCGGUCACUGUCUCUGUUCUGAAGCGACCUGGGCGAUCCUUCAU